CCUCCGUCCCCCACCGCGCCUCCGCUCCCCAGAUCCCCCAAUCCCUAACCCUAGCGCCACCCACGGCGUGCUCCGCCUCGCCUUCCUCCUCCUUCUCCUCCUCCUCCGCGUCCGGCAUGCGGGACGCGGGGGAGGACGACGACUCCGACUCCCCGCCGUCGCAGAUGUCGGAGGACGACCCCGGCGCCGGCGCCGGCGACAGGUGGGAGCCGGAUCUGAGGGGCGGGGGCGGCAGGCGGGCGCCGCCGGACCAGGUGCUGGGGAACGUGCUCGAGACCGUGCUCCAGUUCCUCACCGCCGCGCGCGACCGCAACGCCGCCUCGCUCGUCUGCCGCUCCUGGUACCAGGCCGAGGCGCAGACGCGCCGCGAGCUCUUCAUCGGCAACUGCUACGCCGUCUCGCCGCGCCGCGCCGUCGAGCGCUUCGGCGGCCUGCGCGCCGUCGUGCUCAAGGGCAAGCCCCGCUUCGCCGACUUCAGCCUCGUGCCCUACGGCUGGGGCGCCUACGUCUCCCCCUGGGUGGCCGCGCUCGGCCCCGCCUACCCUUGCCUCGAGCGCAUCUGCCUCAAGCGGAUGACCGUCUCCGACGACGACCUCGCGCUCGUCGCCACCUCCUUCCCCUGCUUCAGGGACCUCUCCCUCGUGUGCUGCGACGGCUUCAGCACGCUCGGGCUCGCCGUCGUCGCCGAGCGCUGCCGGCAUCUUCGUGUGCUGGAUCUGAUUGAAGACUACGUCGAGGAUGAUGAGGACGAGCUGGUGGAUUGGAUCUCCAAGUUCCCAGAGUGCAACACCUCUCUGGAGUCGCUUGUCUUCGACUGUGUCAGCGUCCCGUUCAACUUUGAGGCCCUGGAGGCACUUGUCGCACGCUCACCGGCUCUGCGCCAGUUGCGUGUGAACCACCAUGUGUCAGUAGAGCAGCUGCGCCGUCUCAUGGCAAGAGCACCCCAGCUCACGCACUUUGGAACCGGUGCAUUCCGAUCUGAGGGCGCCCCUGGUGGGGGUUUGGCUGUGACUGAGCUUGCUACAUCUUUUGCUGCAUCCAGGUCUCUCAUUUGUCUAUCAGGUUUCCGGGAGGUCGAUCCAGAAUACCUCCCAGCGAUCUACCCUGUCUGUGCCAAGCUCACGUCACUAAACUUCAGCUUUGCAAGCCUAACCGCUGCGGAACUCAAGCCAGUUAUUCGCAACUGCACCAAUCUUCGCACUUUUUGGGUCCUUGAUACUGUUGGCGAUGAAGGCCUACGUGCUGUGGCUGAUGCAUGCUCUGAUCUCCGUGAGCUGAGAGUUUUUCCUUUGGAUGCCUCUGAGGAUUCUGAGGGUUCGGUCUCAGAUGUCGGUCUUGAGGCAAUCUCAAAAGGCUGCCGGAAGCUAGAAUCAAUCCUCUACUUUUGCCAGCGGAUGACAAAUGCAGCAGUAAUUGAUAUGUCGAAGAACUGUCCCGAGCUUGUAGUGUUCCGCCUCUGCAUUAUGGGCCGCCACCGCCCUGACCGGGUCACCGGGGAGCCCAUGGACGAAGGUUUUGGCGCAAUUGUGAUGAACUGCAAGAAACUCACCAGGCUUUCGGUCUCUGGCCUGCUUACCGAUAAAGCCUUUGCGCACAUUGGAAAACAUGGGAAGCUAAUAAAGACCCUCUCCGUCGCCUUCGCCGGGAACAGUGACAUGUCCCUCCAGUAUGUAUUCGAGGGGUGCACCAAGUUGCAGAAGCUUGAGGUCAGAGACAGCCCUUUCAGUGACAGGGGGCUGCUCUCCGGACUGGACUACUUCUACAACAUGAGGUUCCUAUGGAUGAACUCAUGCAGGCUGACGAUGAGGGGCUGUAGAGAUGUAGCUCGGCAGAUGCAAAAUCUGGUGGUCGAAGUAAUUAAGGACCACUCCGAAGAUGAAGGGGAGGGGGAGACCGUUGACAAGCUGUACUUGUAUCGGUCGCUGGCAGGACCGAGGGAUGAUGCUCCGCCAUUUGUUACCCUCUUGUAGCACUGGUAUUUGAAGGACAGCCCCGCACCGUACUGACGGACAUGUUUGUUAGGUCAUUCCUUACCAUCAAGUUGCCAUGGCCAGCGAGGGAAAGCGUAGCGUCCCGUGGGUGAUAUUCACAAGUUGCUGCAGGAGCGCUCGUGUAAAAUCAAGUAAAGAACCUGCCGAUUAUUCCUUGGAACUUGAUCUGGCAUGGGGGCGGCAUCCAGAGUUGGGGCAGUUGAGGAGCACAUCCAGACCUAGUAUAGCAGUGAUGGGUAGUAACUGAUUGCACAGGAACUGACUGCACACUGACUCCAGUCAGCAGGCUCCGGAUGGUUCUUUGGCAGUGGCACCCAAGUCUCCAGUUAUUUACUUUGCCAUCUUCCGUUCCAUUUUUUCAGCUCAGACCAAGGAAUGGCGGCGGCGCUGGUGCGUGCUGCCUAUGCCCGGAAGCUUCAAUGGCUCAACCGGCCAUUAAUUAUGAGUUGUAGUGGAUCCAAAACUCAAUUCCGCUAUUUUUCUCCCCCUCCCAUUGUUUUUAGCACUCCAGAGUUAUUUUUGUAGACCUGUAGUGUAGACCACCACCACUACCCCUUUCCUCCGUCCCACGCCCUCUGCUAUUUUAUAUCAAGAAGCUACUGGAGGAGACCUGGGAAUUCGAUCGGCAUUUGCUUGGUUCGUGCCCCCACCCACCCCCUGGCGGCUGCUCGUCAACGUCACUGUUCCAUUGCUUGCCAGUUGCCAUGAUCGUCGUGCUCCUAGAUAUUAUGAGCUCGACCUCG